AUGGAUCUCACUAUUACAGCACUAAGACGGGUAGGCGUAGCGAUAUUGUUACUAGCCUGCCAAAUAUAUCUGGUGGUACCUGAAUCAGAUAAACAAAGCUUCAUCUUAAAUGCAGGAGUGGUGCCAGCACGUGACGUACAACCGUCCUGGCUAGAGAUUGUGAACACAUCACUACUUCACCAAAAUAUGUCCGUCCCUGUAAGUGUACUGGAUCUCAGUAUCACCGACCACAGAUCACAGUACGACAAAAUGCUGAAAGCUAUGUCAAAACUAAAGAAAGCCAAUAUCCAUGUAGCGAUAGGACCAUAUGACGAUGCGAUUGCCAUGGUUACGGAAAAACUAGGAAUUCCGUACCUUUCUACAUCUACGGUGACGAAAAACAAACUGAAUACUACCUUUCAAAUCCUGCCACGUCUUUCGGAUUUUGGACAGUCAAUUCUUGACAUUGUCAACUUCUAUAAGUGGGAAAAAGUCAGUUUAUUCUACGAUGAUGAUAAAGGUGUGCAUAUCAUUGAAAAACUUCUGACCAAUCAUGAUCUGGUGGUCAAGUCCUGGCGCGUGGAUCAAUUACGUGGCACUAUGCAGAUCAGGGAACACCUUGUGCACAUGCGCAGAGCCUUUGGUCAGAAGAGCGUCCUUUUCUGCAGUAAAGAGAACACGAGAAAUAUUCUUGAACAGGCGCGGAGUCUUGCUAUGCUGUCAACUCCUUACGAGUGGUUCUUUUACGAUCCCGGUAAUCAACUGAAUGACGUAUUCAAUGACUUCCCUGAGGUGACCGUGAACUUUACCAUGUUUGGGUUGAUGAACGAUUCGGCUGAUCCAAAGUUUGGAAUGAACGAGGACCGUCUUAACUGGUCCUUAGCUAUGGACGCGUCAUCUCUGGUCAAGAUCGCCGUGGACAAUGUAAAGAACUAUACGACUUCAGAAGUGAGAAAAGGACUAGUCGAUGCCAUCAAAGAGAUUAAGGUACCAGGACUGACCGGAACAAUGGAGUUUGAUGAGAGAGGUCGACGUAACAAUUUCUCUAUUUUCCUCUCUGAAUACAACGGCUUCGAAAAAUACGCAAUCGGUAAAUGGGUGUCUAAUCCAGACUUCUUCGAUUCAAGAAUUCAGUUCCGGGACAGAAUCAAUAGAGGAAACAAGACCAUGCCUUUUCCACUCCGAGGACGACGAGCUAAAGUUGUCAUGAUUUUGGAGCAGCCAUUCACAAUGCUAAAACGUGAUUACACUCAACGGCGUGGUAAUGACCGCUUCGAAGGUUUCGCCGUGGACUUGAUCAAAGAGGUGGCGGAAAUGCUGCAAUUCGACUACGAUAUCUAUCUGGUUCACGAUGGAAAGUUUGGGUCUAGAGUUGACGAUAACAGUGAGGAGUGGAAUGGGAUGAUUGGUGAACUUCUAGCUGGGAAUGCCACAAUGUCCGUAGCUCCGAUCAGUAUCAAUUCCCAACGGGAGGAGGCAGUCGACUUCACGAAACCUUUCAUGACCCGCUACAUAAGUGUCCUUAUGAAAUUACCAAAGUCUGAGAGGUCCUAUUUUGAAUUUCUGAACCCUUUGCACCAUAUCGUUUGGUGUUGUACAUGUGGAGCCUUCGUGGUAGUUAGUAUAAUACUUUAUAUGCUGGAGAAGAUAGGGACGUCUCACAACAAAGAUUAUCCUGCAAUAUCCUUCCGCGAGAGUUUAUGGUUUGUGUUUGGGUCACUCCUUCAGGGCAGUACCGACGCCUCACCGUCCACCCUCCCUGGUCGUAUACUGACCAGCGCCUGGUGGUUUUUUGCCCUUAUCCUUAUUUCAUCAUACACAGCUAACCUUGCUGCUUUCUUAACGGUCAAGAAGAUCAACGCCCCUAUCAAAUCGGUCACUGAUUUGGCAUCUCAAACGAAAAUACAAUACGGCACGGUUCGAAGCAGUGGAAUAAUGCACUUUUUUAAGCAGACGACGAUUGAGCAUUUCUCAAAGAUGUGGGCCCAAAUGUCUGAAGUCCGAGAGCAGGAUUCAAUGGUGGAAACAACAGCGGAGGGAUUUGAAAAGGUCAAAAAAGGAAAUUAUGCUUUCUUUUGGGAUACAACAGUAAAUAAAUAUAUGACCAUCAUGGACUGUGAAUUUAUGGAGAUUGGUCCUCAUUUUGAUCCAAAAGGGUUUGGAAUCGGGGUCCCUCCUGGUGCCACUUACAGAGAAGAAUUAUCCAUGGCUAUUCUCAGGAUGAGUGACACGGGACUUCUACACGAGUUGGAAAACAAAUGGUGGGGACGGCGGAAUUGCCCUGACUUUACCAAGCCUUCAGCAGACGAGACGUCAGAAUUACAAAUAGAAAACGUUGCAGGAGUGUUCUUCAUUCUGGUAGGGGGCAUAGUGUUUGCAGCCAUCGUGUGUGGGUUUGAACAUUUUACAAAAAUGCUUCAAAAGGCAGCAAAAAAGCAGAAAACCCCACAGGCUGAAAAGGAACGUGAGAGCUUUUUACUACCUACAAGGACGUAG